AUAAAUCUGUCAAAUCAUAAAUCAUUCAUUCAAAAAGUUAAGCAUUUUCGCUGAUUUUUCGUAAUGAUUUGUUUUGGAUUGUUUAAAUGAAUUAAAUACUUUUCUACCACUGUAACUGAUGAUGUACGCUGGUUAAUACAAAAUUUACAGUCCAUAAAAUACUGUGCAUAAAAACUAUACCAGUUAAAUGUCACUACAUCUUAGGAAUCAUCAAACAAGCUACACCACCUAUUUGUGAACAACGCAGACAUGAAUUGUGUUAAUUAUUCUUUAUUAUUAGUAGCAAUAUGUUUUUGUAACGUUAUUGUUGGGGAAAGGCUUCAUGAGCAAAUAUACUCUACAAUUGAAGGCGGGGCGGCUUGUUUCAGACGACUUAACGGCACACACCAGGCAGGGUGCUCAUCAUCAGAUGCAGGGGCUGUGGGUGUUGUGCACAUGAUAGAGUCCCUAAGUGAUGUGGAGUGGGUCGUGUUCAAUGCUACCGCAGGGCCAUAUGUGGCUGUAAUCAGCACUGCACUGUUCUAUGACACUGUUGAGUUGUUCAUGGCACAUCCAGACAAUGUUGCGGGCAUUUUAAUCUAUGACUCAGUCAAAAUAAGAUCGAAAUCUUUUACUCAAGAAUCCAGGUGUCCAAAUGAAUACUAUUCAGGUCCAAACAGCCAGUGCUCAUCUGAAGGAGGUGGUGUUGUAUGGAAUGAAAAGGGAACUGCACUAUUAAGAAGAAAUAUUCCAUUCCCAGUUUUUUAUUUGCCACAAUCAAGGGCUGAGGAAAUUGAUAAAAUCCAAAACUGUUAUGAGCGGUUUAACUUAGAUAAGGACAACCAGAAGGGCAGACCACUAUGUUCACUGCAGCUCAAUUCUUUCAUGUUUGCAGCUAUGAACACAGAAGUUUGUUUAAGAAGGUCAGCGUCCUCCUCAUUCUUGACUUCCGCCAAAGUCUGUGAUCCACUGGGCGACAACAAUGUCUACUACACUUUGUUCCCUAGAGGAAAGGAAACGGAAGGCAACAAGAAAAACGUAACUCUAGUUACAGCAAGAAUCGACACAGCUUCAUUGUUUGAUGGAGUGUCCCCCGGCGCCGCGAGCUCGGUGGUGGGCCUGGUGACGCUGAUCACCGCCGCCAGCCUGCUCGCCAAGAUGAUCCCGCCAACUGAUGCGGGCUUGUACAAGCACAACAUAAUGUGGACCCUAUUUAACGGAGAAGCGUUCGACUACAUCGGGUCGCAGCGCGUCGCGUACGACAUAUCGCGCGGCCAGUGGCCUCCCGCCGCGCCACUCAACGCCAAUCAGAUACAGCUGCACGUGGAGAUCGGCCAAUUGGGAGGAGCCUUGCUGGCCAAUCAGGGCGACGCGUCGUGGCCGCUGCAGGCGUACGCGCCGUACACUAGUGUGCCGCCUUCAGAGAUCACAGAAUUCCUAGCGCUCGCGUCCGACCAGCUCACCAAGGCCAACAUGUCUCUAACGCCAACAUUCUCGACCAACCUGCCUCCGUCCUCCUUGCACUCGUUCCGUCGCAUACUGAAGAACGAGACGGAGAGUGGGGCGCUUCCAGAACUGGUGUUGGUGGACCACGGCGAUGCGUUCAGUAAUAACUUCUACCACUCCGUGCUGGAUGAUGAGGCGAAUGUGGCGUUUAGUUAUCGGAAUAUCAGCGUGGAUAGCAACGGGACUUUCCUCACCACGGAGGAGUUACUCGCCACCGGCGCGAUGUCAGCUGCUGACAUGCAGGUGAAGCUGGCGCGGCUCGCCACGGCGCUCGCGAGCACGCUGCACCAGCGAGUGGUUGGAGCGGCGUAUGCGGGCAACUUGACCGCUUCUGCGCAUUUGGUAGACGAGAUGCUCCACUGCUUCCUACAAAGCCAGGCGUGCCGGCUGUUCUCUGCCGCCGAGUACGGGGGCGCGCGCGACCCUCCCCCCGCGCGCCCCGCGCCCCUGUACGUGGGCGUGAGCUCGUGGCCCACCGCGCCGCCCGUGCUGGCCGCACACUUGUUGGCCCUGCUCGCCGGGAGUACCAAGGAGGCUAACAAGACGGAGUGUAACGGGUUUAGUAGUGAUGAAUAUUCGUACUACUGGCUGCGCGGCUGGAACAACACGGGAGUGUGCGUCGAAACUACAAUGAACUACACUCAAGCCGUCAGCCCCGCUUUCAUCAUCAAGGGCUACGACUACAAAUCCGGGAUAUACUCCACAUGGACAGAGUCAGUGUGGCAGGCGAUGUGGGUGCGGCUGUUCGUGGCGGCGGGCGGGGGCGGGGCGCGGGCGGCGGCGGCGGCGGGGGGCGUGGCCACGGCGCUCGCCGCCGCAGUCACGUUCUGGCUGCAGCGGCAUGCGGACCGCAUCUUCCUGCGCUCGCAGGUUGCGGCCGUGGCCGGCGGCUCGGGCGACGCUGCCUCGGGAAUACUAAGGAGCGUCAACUGCUAAGAGGACUGAACUCAGUGAUAUAGUGUGAUAGGCUGUGCGUAUUGAGUAGAACCUCGCUAGAGAUUACGAGCAUUCCUGAAUUAGCUACGGCUGCCUCGCCGGAGGAAGCAAUUAGGAAAUAACUUAUUUAUUUAACCUAAGUUUAUUUUAAAUAUUCACUCAUAUAAAUUAUUUUUUAAGUCUAACAAGUAACACACUGGUGAUUAAUAAACUUGGAAAUCCA